AUGGACCGUAGCAACAAGUCUCCCACGAAGACACUCUCACUCACCAAGCCAUUUCGCUUCAUCAUACCCAAACGUUCUUCAAAGGUCACAACACCAAUGGAUGAUCUGACCACCAUCAUCAAAGAUCAAGAAGCAACUAUCAAUGAUUUGAACCUUCGUCUCAGCUGGAUGGAACAGAAAGUCAAGGAUAUCGAAGGUGCCUUGGUGGGGGAAGAUGCAAUCGAUCAUAGUGCUAACGUCCUCGAAAAACAAAUAUGGCACCGACCAGAUGGAAAUCAUGAAAUGUUUCGGAAAAACCUAGAGUGUGUCAAUGCUCUGAGAAAGCAGAAGUACAUGUAUCGUGUACUUGGUGUUAAUCCCCCUAGUAAUGGUCUUUGA